UCUUUUUUUUUUUUCUAUGAUUGUGUGACCAGUGAAGAAAAUAUGGAAACUUUUGCCACACAGAGAUAUGAGGGCAAAAUUGAAAACUUCGAUACAUGUAUGAUUGAUGGCAACAAUACACAACAGCACAUUGAACAAUCUGCUAGUGAAGUAACCGUUCAUGAUAUGAAUACCCUAGAGGGUGAUCAAAAUCAAGAAGAAAGUGUAAAUGAACAAGACCAAAGUACUUCAAUCAUACAAAAUUCUGAACGAAAUGUGACAUUGACACCAGUAAGACUACCUGCUAUUCUGGAUGGAGAGUUCUUUAGCGUCGUGAAACUUGAGGAUUCAAACGUAACUGCACGUUGUUUGCAAUGCAAUAAGCUUCUUAAUGGCAAUCUCAAGUCCACAGGAAAUUUUCUCAGCCACAUCAAAAGAGUACACCCAUUCUUAAUGGAGAAAAUCAAGACUAAAUCAAAUCAAAGGAGGCCUGCAGCAAUUUACAUUGAUUUAUCAGCCCAAGAGAAAUGUCAAGAAUACAAACAAAAAUUAAGAUUCAAGAAAUUUCCAAAACAUGAAGAAUUUCAGUCUAAUGAAAAUUCAUUUGAUCAAGUAGAAUGGCUAGAAUCUCCAAAUAUAAAAAAAAGAAAAUCACAAGAAAGUGCUACUGAAGAAAUGAUCAGAAUUCACCACAACAACUCAGUUACUGUUGAAGAUGAAUAUGAUGCGAUUGGCAAAAAUGUUGCAGCUAAACUUCGACAUAUGGGAGUGGAUCAAAGAAUUAUUGCUGAAAAAUUACUUAAUGACAUUUUAUUUGAAGCACAGUUAGGUAAUCUUCACAGAAAUUCAAGUAUAAAUGUUUAAAAAAUGCGCACUA